AUGAAGGGCCUUGCAUUCCGAAAGCUUGGCCGAACGUCGUCACAUCGCAACCAUUUGCUACGAAAUCUGGUCUCGUCUCUCAUCCAGCACGAACGCAUCUCCACCACAGUAGCAAAAGCCAAGGAAGCGGCGCGAGAGGCGGAAAAGAUCAUCACACUAGGCAAGCGAGGUACCGUGCAGGCCGGAUAUGGCGCAAGAGGCUACCUCUUCUCACAGCAGGAGACGCUGCCGAAGCUGCAAGAGCUAUCGCAACGCUACGCCAACCGACCCGGCGGAUACACACGCAUUCACCUCCACGGCAACCGAAAAGGCGAUCAUGCGCCACGAGCUAUCCUAGAGUUGGUGGACAACCCUCACGAUCUGCGCAUGCAGAUGACAGCGCGGACGCUGGCCAAGGAGGUCUACGACCGCAUCGCGAGGCGCGGAGGCGACGACAUUUUGACAGGACGACAAUUCGACCUCAUGACGAUGGAGCAAGACGAACGAUUCAAUGAACUCACCCGCAAGAACAUCACAAAGGUGGUGCAGUAUGGCGGAGUCGAGGCAAGAGAAAAGCUUGUCAGCAUGGCGCAGGAUCAUCUGCUGCGGCUCAAGGCGACCGUAGCUGUCGAAGGUCCCAGACGCAUCGAUGAUGCCAAGAUGGAGAGCUGGGGCGACAACAAGCCGCGUGGACGUCUUUUGACCAAGCCUUACGCUGGAUCGAGACCAUUGGCAGGGCAGGAGGGAGAAUUCCAGCCGACACCGCUACCAGGCAAGAGCAGGAAUUCGGUCGUUCGCAUUGGCAAGGGUGCUUUCGCAAAGCGUCUCAACUACCGACCCAAAGUCACCAUGCCUAGCUCUUCAUCCAGGAGGGCUCAGGCAUAG